AUGCAAGCCCUGAUCCGCGAAGUACGCGACGAAACAAUGAAACAAAUGGCGAAGUCGCAGCAGGAAACCGUGAAGGAAAUCACGACAUCUCACGAGAGAAUCAUCGAGACUCUGUGGAACGCUUGGAAAAAGGAGCAGCAGGCGUUCAAGCAAAUGAUCGAAGGCCAGGAGAAAGCGAUUAGGCAGCUGCAAAAAGAUAUUCAAGGCAUUCAGGCGCAAGCCGCACAGGAACGAAAGCUGAUGCAGGAACAGAUCGACGAGCUCAAACGAAUGCGGCAGCACACCUCAGGCGAUAGCGAGCCUCUUCAAGCGCAGGCGGUUGACGAGAUCAAGCGCAUCCAUGAAAAAUUAGACACCUUGGCGCAGCGCGCCGUAGCCGGCUCCGCCCAGGUGAACCCCAGGCAGUCAUUCGCAGACAUAGCUCCCGGUGUCAUCACCGACAGCGCCGCUUUCAUCCCCUAG